AUGACAGGUUCAACAGCUACUGUCCAUACGGCCCGCACAGGAUUGGAACCAGCCCAUUGUGAGGACUGGGCCAACUUUCCCGAAUCGCAGGAGCUCGAUCCUGCCCCUCUCAACGACGCUUCCUUGAUGUAUGUCGCUGAUGAAAGAUUGGGGCCCUUCUUCACUACGGCAUUAUCAAGCGGAUUCUCGGCUUUGACGCCGAUGGUACUGCGUCAAGAUGAUGGGUUGACGACCCCACCUACAUCUUUCGCAGGCUGUGUCCCUAUCAAGAGUUCAGCUGAAGAGCGCGGCGAGGGAUCAUCACAGCCGAAAUGUCCAGCCUGUGAUUACUCGGCGAAGACACAGCGUGAUGUAACUCGCCAUUACACUAGUGUUCAUGCGAGAAUACCCUCUUACUUCUGUGACGAGCCGGACUGCCCUCGUUUUACAAAUGGGUGGGCAAGGAAGGACCUCAGGGACAGCCAUGUCAAGCGGAAGCACCACAGACUUGCCCAGGACGAUACUGAUGGGCUCCCCACCGCCACAUCCAGUUCAGCAAUCGAUCCUGUCCUUCGAAAGCCGACGAGCGAAGACUGGGCCUCACAUGUCUUGGAGGAAGAGCCGGCCAACUACGACUCGCUGAAGAAACUCCUGGCAAAAGAGCACAAACGACGCCUAGAAGCAGAAGGUAAACUGAAGAUGCUGAGGAAGGUGUGUGUCAAGCUGCUGCUGUGA